AUGGCCCUCUGCAACUACAGCUGCAACUCUCUGUGUGGUGUCAACACCUCCUGCGUCUCCCAAAUCCCACCGUCACAAGUGGUCAUCCAGCCCCCGGCUUUCCACAUCACAAUUCCAGGACCAGUCAUGUCUGCCAGCCCCGAGCCAGUCGCUGUGGCAGGAAACACGCCGUGCGCCACCGGCAGCUGCUACGAGCCCUGUUACGGUGGAUGGGGCGGCUAUGGGUACGGCUCCAGGAAGUGGGGUUCCAGCUCUGUGUGCUCAUACCCGUACUCGCGCAGCUGCUACAAAGGCUGCUAUUAA